GGAGCAGAAGGAGCAGAGGAGCAGAGGAGCAGAAGGAGCAGAAGGAGCAGAGGAGCAGAGGAGGCGAGGAGCAGAGGAGCAGAAGGAGCAGAAGGAGCAGAGGAGCAGAGGAGGCGAGGAGCAGAGGAGCAGAGGAGCAGAGGAGCAGAGGAGGCGAGGAGCAGAGGAGCAGAGGAGCAGAGGAGCAGAAGGAGCAGAAGGAGCAGAAGGAGCAGAAGGAGCAGAAGGAGCAGACUAGCUGCUCUGUGAUUGGCUGACAUCAGUAUCAAGAUGGCGCACCUCUUUCUCACCAGUAAGAUUAAAAUGGACGACCUCCACUGCAAAGGCGGUCCCAGGUUCCCCAGGAGUGCCAUGAAGCCAGCGGCGUCCAUCUCUGCCGAGAAGCUGAACCGGGACCAGCCCAGGAAGGACCCAGGCGCUGUGGUGGUGACACACGUCCCACACGUCAAUGAGGUCCAGCUGACCGCGGCCACCGGGGGGGCCGAGACGUCCUGCUACCGCUGCACCGUGCCGUUUGCCGUGGUUGUCCUUAUCGCCGGCAUCGUGGUCACGGCGGUUGCAUACACCUUCAACUCCCACGGAUCCACCAUCUCGGUGCUGGGGCUGGUGCUGCUGUCCACGGGCCUGGGUCUCCUGGGCUCCAGCGCCCUCUGCUGGAGGGUUCGACUGAGGAAGAAGAAGGACAAACGGAGGGAGAGUCAGACUGCCCUCAUUGCCAGUCGGGGGUUCUGCGUGCCCUGACGAGAAACCCCCCCGAAGCCCUCUGAACGGCUGAGGCCAAGAACCUGAACACACCAGACCAACUGAGUCCAGCAGGCGGCGCCGUGGGUCACAUGACGCACAGCGGUUGAGCUGGACGUCGGUUCAACGCUCUUAUACAAACGUCCAGUUCUGAGAUGAAGAGAAAAUAAAACAGUUCCACGAUGGAUCAGUCGUCACAGAAUGAAAAUAAAUUCACGACUUAAAAUCAGAGAGCUUCCCGCGGAGGCCCCCAAGGGUCACAUGGUGUCAAAGGAAUAUUGUCACGGAAUCGUUGGGAUUAGACGCAGCUCAAGGUUUAAAGGAAGUUUGAAGUCAAAACCUGAAAAUCAUCAAAUGCAGCUUAAUGAAAGCACAGAUUAAUAAUUCAUGUUUAUAAGAACAACAACAUCUCAACAAAAUAUCACUUCCUGUUAAACUGGUGAACCAAUUCAAAUGUUUCACAUUCUCAGUUUCUAAAGCUUGAAGAGUCAGUUGAAUAUGAAACUCUGGCUCAUUGAGGUGACGUGAACGUGUGCAGAGGGAAAUUUAGGAACAUUAUUUUCAAUCUGUGCUUUUAUUCAGAGAAUAAAUGAGUCAGACCCUGAAACGCCCCUUGACUGAACUCUGAUUAUGUGGAAAGAGUUUCUAUACAAACAUGUUCAGUCUGGAACUAGAUGCUGCUCAUAAUCGAUAUAUUAUAAUAUAAUAUAAUAAAGAAAAGGUACAGACACGAUUCUCUCUGAACGGCUCAACGUGCAGUGACGUGAGGUCACAGGUCGGGAUGUGUUUCAGUUGUGUCAUGAAGACUUUGUGUGUUUGACUCGAGCAGGAUCCAGUCGUCAUGAAUCCAACUUUAGAAUCUGUGUCUUAUUUGUUCUUUUGUCAAAGUGAAGUUCUGACCCGACUCGUCUUCUUCCUCUCGUCCUUGACGAGCGGCUGGAGGGUUGUAGCAGCUCACUGUUAUAUUUAGUUGUGUAUAUGUUGCCUAGCAUCGCACAGACACACAACCAGAU